CAAAGGCCCAAAUAUCAUUUAGUGGUAGUGAAAAAUACACAUGUAUAUUUGUUCAAUGUCUCUGUGUUCACUGUGGUAGUUGGCUGACAUUUCAUAUAUUUGAAAUGUGUUUGUGGUCCGCUUUCUGCUAUGUAGUGUCCAACAUUGCAAACUCAACUUUUUGACUGUUAUGAGUAAACCAUCCAGGUACUUUACAGCGCACUGCAUUUUGCCAUAUUUUUAUAAAUUUAUGAUAUUGUCUAGAUACCAGAUGCAGAGAUGGUGUCUGUUCAUUCCAAUGCAGUUUCAUCUGGUGCAUAUAAAAAGUUUCUAGCUUCCAGGUUUACCUCUGUGGAAUUCGGCACACUGAAUAUAUGCAGCAGUGUUUCUCCCGCUGGCCUCACCUGCAAGUUCCACAAAAACUAUAGCAUGUAGGCGGGCUUUUCAAGCAUGGGAAUUCUUGUUCAAAAUUGCCAGUAACCUCCUUUUCCAUUCUUUCGCGUACACUGAUGUUACGUUCUACUUGUGCAUUAUCUACCAUUGUGUUGGUGGUGCAAACAAUUGGUGGCUAUUGGUGUUAAGAUCGCCAAGAUCGAUUGCUAAUCACUGUGGAAUAUUGCUGUUUUCUUUGGUGACAGUGCAUAACUAUGAAAUGGUGUAGUGCAGGAGCUGCUGAACCCUUGUUUCAUGAAAAAUCAAGAUGGGGGCUCCAAAUUUUCAUUUUUCAUUUUUUUUGAGACAGUUGUGCUAAAAAUUAUCUGCUAAAUGAGCCCCUUUUAGGGCAAACAAUCAUAAGUGAGGAAAAAUAGGAGCAUGUUAUGGUUUGGCACAGUUUACAAUACAUUGAAAUUCACUUAACUUGUGUAAAACAGGCCUAACUAUAACAUAGUCUUAAUGUUUUGCACAAUCUACAUUUAUAGGUCAGUUGAAUCAUUUUAUUGCUCCAUGCUUUCUAUUUCUUUGGUUUUAAAACAAAGCUUCUAACAAACAGAGAGAUCACUUAUGGCACUUAACACAAUGAUGAUUUUUAGCUGCAAUGUGCAAAGUUUAUUUUAUCUACGCAGUGAUAGCUGACAGUGUGGCUGAUUCCAUCACUGCAGCUUAGAAUAACAUGAGGAAUCUGUAUGAUGAUAACUGUAAAUAAAAAUGAAAGAAAAAAUAACACUUGGCUCCUGUGAUUAUAAAUGCAGCGUUUCAGUCAGAUAAAGUCAGCAGAAACAGUCUUGCAUUACUCUAUGUGUUUUUAUGUGACAUAGUAGUUCCUUAACUGAAUAACUUUCACUGUAGAGCAGGCAUCAGGAGUGUCUAUAUGGUAAACAUAAAUGUUUAUGAAUUCAACUGGUGGCCUUAAUUAAUUUUUUCAUGAUUCAACCCAACAUCACCAGGCAAUCUGUACUGACAAUUCUUCAGUCCACAAAGCCCCAACUUCUGUUUAUAGCAAGCUACAGCACUCGGCCACCAGAAAAUACAGUCACUUUCUGUCCAGGCAGUGCUCUAACACUGUUCCAAAUUAGUCUGCACUGACUUUGAAAGAGACACAGAAUAAGUAAGAGAUAUAUAAGAAGUUACCACUGUGACAUUUCCACUUGCCUCCAUGCUGCUUUCUACUGUUUACUAACCUCUUUUCCAGCCUGUCGGUGACAUUAAACUUGACACACUAGUAAAAAAACACACACACACACACGUGCACGUGCACGUGCACACACGCACACACACACACAGAAAGGCAUACGGUCUACUGGCAAGGGGAAAGAAGUCUAUCGCCUAUUUUUAGCAGGUUUUCCCAUGUUUCUGUGAUUUUUAUAAUAGAUGGGACAAAACAUUCCAGUGUUUCGUUGCUUAAAAUAAAGAGAAGAAUAAUAUUUCCACUUGACAAUGCUACAACCAAAGAAAAGUCAGCAAGUUCUUGAGCAAAAUAAAAUCCCUGGAAGUCCCUGGCAGCCGACCUUUCACCUUUGACUAAAUGACAGUCAUGACCCACACAUUUAAAACAUUGCAGUCCAAUGCCAGCAAUUCUCUUUUGAACAUCUUGUUGUUGGAGGUAAAAACAUCCUUUGAUUUCCCAGGAACCAAUGAUGACGACAGUUACAGAGCUGCUGUUGGAAACACUGGAUGAUCUGGGAGAGGAUGAGCUAAAGAUCUUUAAGUGGUUCCUGCAGCAGGCUGAAAUCCUGGAAGAUUUCCCUGCCAUCCCAAGGAGCCGUCUGGAAAAGGCUGACAAGCUGGACACACUGGACCUGAUAGUGCAGACCUACAAUGAACAGUCUGUGGAGGUGACCAAGAAAGUGUUGACAAAGAUCAACAGGAAUGACCUGGUGCAAAAUUUGUCCAAUGUCAGCUUGAGACCCAAACAAAUUGUGCAUGAUGUUGGAGGAAUUUUGGAGAGCAGCGGUGCACCUUCUGCCUCUCUUCCUUCCCCUCAUACCAACAGCAGUCAGACUGAAGAUCUGCUGGAACCAGACCCUGACCCUUCAGAGCUCAUUGCAUUAAACAGAUGCACACUCCAAUCACACCUCCAGAACAGGUUUAUGUGUGCACAAGAAGGGUGGACUGAAAGGAUGGAUAAAAAACACCUAGCUGACGUCUACAUAGAGCUCUACAUCACAAAUGGGAGUGGUGUAAACAUCAACAGGCAGCAUGAGGUCAGGCAUAUUGAGAUGGCAUCAAGAGAACCAGGGGCAACAGAGCAACCAAUCCAACCCAGUGAUAUCUUUACACACCCCUCUGGGAAAAACACACCUGUAAGAACAGUGCUGACCAGUGGGAUUGCAGGAAUUGGCAAAACGUUCCUUGUACACAAAUUCAUCCUGGACUGGGCUGAAGGAAGAGCCAAUCAAGAUGUGCAUCUCACAUUCCCCUUCACUUUCCGCCAGCUGAAUUUACUCAAGGGCAGAAGGUUUCGUUUUGCUGAGCUCAUUCACAAAUGUAUCAGGGAAACCAAAGACAUCAGUGAGGAGGAUCUUAAUGACAUUUUCGCUAAACUCCAGGCUUCAGGAAACACCAACUAUGACAAGAGUAAAUUCAAACUUCUUUUUGUGCUUGAUGGACUGGAUGAAAGCCGAUUUCAGUUCGACUUCACUGCUGACAUAAAUGCCACUAUUGAUGUGACACAGGCAGUUAGAGUAGAUGCCCUGUUGACUAGCCUCAUCAAGGGGGACCUGCUACCUUCUGCUCGCCUCUGGAUAACCACACGACCAGCAGCAGCUAGCCAAAUCCCUCUUGACUUCAUUGACAUAAUGACAGAGGUGAGAGGGUUCACUGAUGCACAGAAGGAAGAGUACUUCAGGAGGAGAUUCAGAGAUGAGGAGCUUUGUGGCAGAAUCCUCUCCCACAUCAAGACAUCACGAAGCCUCCACAUCAUGUGCCACAUCCCGGUCUUCUGCUGGAUUACUGCUACAGUUCUGGAGGACAUCUUGAAAAUGAGUGACAAAGAAGAGCUGCCCAAAACCCUGACUGAGUUGUACAUAGAAUUCUUGUUGUUUCAGAUCAGACAGACAAAAGAGAAGUAUGGCACAGAGAAGAGCAUUGAGUAUAUUCAGUUGCUAGCAAAACUUGCUUUUCUCCAACUGGAAAAGGGGAACCUGAUCUUCUACGAAAAAGAUCUCAAAGAGAGUGGCAUUGACUUCAACAAAGCCUCUGUGUACUCAGGAGUGUUCACGCAGAUCUUUAAAAAGGAGCACCGCUGGAAGAAGGACAAAGAGGAGGAUAAGAUGUUCAGCUUUGUCCAUCUUAGUAUUCAAGAGUUCUUGGCUGCUGUUUAUGUGGUACAGUCACUCAUUAACAAAAACAAAAAUGUAAUGGUGCAACAACAGCUCAAGUUAAAAAGUGUCCAGAUGCUUUUUAAGAAACCCUCUAUGGCAGAGGUCCAAAGAAUGGCUAUUAACAAGGCCUUAAAGAGUCCAGAUGGACAUCUGGACUUGUUCCUCCGCUUCCUCCUGGGUCUCUCCCUAGAAACCAGCCAGAUUAGCUUACAGGGCCUCCUGAAACAGACAAUAAGCACGUCAAAGGACAAUCAGAAAACAGUGCAGUACAUCAAGGAAAAGAUCCGUGAGAAUCCGUCUCCAGAGAGAUGCAUUAACCUUUUCCACUGUCUGAAUGAGCUCAAUGAUCAUUCCCUAGUGGAGGAGAUCCAGCAGUACUUGAGUUCAGGAAGUCUCUCCACAGCCAAAGUUUCUCCUGCUCAGUGGUCAGCUCUAGUCUUCAUUUUGCUGUCAUCAGGAAAAGACCUGGAUGUGUUUGACCUCAGGAAGUACUCUGCUUCAGAGGAAGGUCUCCUGCGGCUGCUCCCCGUCGUCAAGAAAUCGAAUGUAUUCUUAGUAAGUGGCUGCAACCUCUCAGAGAGAAGCUGUGAAGCUCUGGUCUCAGUUCUCAGCUCCCAGUCCUCCAGUCUAAGGGAGCUGGACCUGAGCAACAACAACCUGCAGGAUUCAGGAGUGGAGCUGCUUUCUUCGGGACUGGAGAGUCCACACUGUGUACUGGAAACUCUCAGACUGAGUGGCUGUAAGCUGUCCUGGAGAAGCUGUAAAGCUCUGGCUUCAGUUCUCAGCUCCCAGUUCUCCAGUCUGAGAGAGCUAGACCUGAGUAACAAUGACCUGCAGGAUUCAGGAGUGGAGCUGCUCUCAACCGGAUUGAUGAGUCCAUGUUGUAAACUGGAAAGAGUCAGGUUGAAUGUGUGUAAGCUGUCAGAGAGAAGCUGUGCAGCUCUGGCCUCAGAUCUCAGGUCCCAGUCCUCCAGUCUGAGAGAACUGGACCUCAGUAACAAUGACCUGCAGGAUUCAGGAGUGAAGCUCCUUUCUACUGGACUAGAGAGUCCACACUGUGUACUGGAAACUCUCAGGCUGUCAGGUUGCCUGGUCACAGAGGACGGCUGUGUUUCUUUGGCCUCAGCUCUGAGCUCCAACCCAUCCCAUCUGAGAGAGCUGGACCUGAGCUACAAUCAUCCAGGAGACUCAGGAGUGCAGCUGUUGUCUGCUAGACUGGAUGAUCCACAGUGGAGACUGGAGACUCUCAGUGUGGAUCAUAUUGGAGCGUGCUGGUUGAAAUCUGGUCUGAGGAAAUAUGCCUGUGAAGUCACCCUGGACCCAAACACAGCAAACAAAUACCUCUCGUUGUCUGAGGACAACAGAACAGUGACACUGGUAAGAAAGAUGCAGUCGUAUCCUUACCACCCAGAGAGAUUCCGCCACUGGAAGCAGCUGCUGUGCACAAGUGGUCUGACUGGCCGCUGUUACUGGGAGGUGGAGAGAAAAGGGUGGGUGUCUGUGGGAGUGACUUACAGAGGAAUCGGAAGGAGGGGGCAAGGUGCCGACUGCUGCAUUGGUCUCAAUGACACGUCUUGGAGCUUGUGCUGCUCUCGGGACCGUUACUCUGCCUUCAACAAUAACAGAAUGACAGCCAUAAGUACAACCAACUCUGUUUCUGACAGAGUAGCAGUGUAUCUGGACUGGCCUGCUGGUACUCUGUCCUUCUACAGAGUCUCCUCUGACACAUUGAUCCACCUCCACACAUUCCACUGCACAUUCACUGAACCCCUCUAUCCUGCGUUUGGGUUUGAGUAUCUGAUUAGGUUUGACUCCACAGUGUCUCUGUGUCAAGUGAGGGAGGGAGAGUUGCCUCCUGGAGACAAACACUACUGCUGAAACAGGACACAAGAUCACACACACUAAAGACUUGUUUCUUUGGAUUUUCAUGUCACAAUACAAAACACAGUGUCAGUGUCCUAAUGUACUCUGCAUGGAGACAAAUAAACAGUGGCUGUUCUCAUA